AUGGUGACUAGUGAGCUAAUUCCUGAGACGGCCACCAGGAGGCACCCGCCGGGUGUAUUGAGCAUUUCUAAGGUCGAUCUACACAUUGAUGACAUCAUGGCAGCUUUGAACUUCACCCAGUCUGACCCGUCAACAUUCAUCCUAAUGGGUAUCCCUGGCAUGGAAGAUGUCCACAUCUGGAUUUCCAUCCCUUACUCUACAUCCUACAUUUUCUGCCUGUUGGGAAAUUUCAUGGUUCUGUUUGUUGUAAGCAAAGAGGAGACCCUGCAAAAGCCGAUGUACCUGCUGAUAUGCAUGCUGGCACUCACAGACAUCACCAAGUCUAGUACAAUCGUGCCAAAGGCUCUGUGUAUAUUUUGGUUCAAUCUGAAAGGCAUUACUAUGGGUGGCUGCCUCACCCAGAUUUUCUUCAUUCACUCAGUUAAUUUUGUGCAGUCUGGUGUUCUCAUGCUAAUGGCCAUUGAUCGCUAUGUUGCCAUAUGUAAUCCUUUGAGAUACCCUACCAUCCUCACCAAUGCACGAGUAGUUACGCUAGGGCUUGCUUGUUUGGUAAGAGCUUUACUUUUCAUGGUGCCCCUGCCCCUGACACUGAGCAGGUUGCCAUUCUGUGAUAACCGCAUUAUCCCCCAAAUACAAUGCGAGCACAUGCUUUUGGCAAUGAUAUCAUGUGGAGAUAUCUCAUUCAACAGGACAUACAGCUUCGUGAUACCAUUUUUACUCAUGGGGUCAGAUCUGAUGCUCAUUGUCCUGUCCUAUGGUCUCAUCAUUAGGGCCAUCCUCAGAAUCUCCUCCAAAAGAGCCCACCAGAAAGCCCUCAAUACCUGCACAAUCCACAUUUGCGUACUGGUGACAUUUUAUACUCCCGUUCUCUUCACCAUCCUGACAAUCCGGUUCAUUGGAGACAUCACUUCCUAUGGUCUCAUCAUCUUGUCCGCCCUCUAUCACCUUGUUCCUCCUGUGCUCAACCCCAUCAUUUAUGGGGUCAAAACCCAAGAGCUGAGUGAUAAAGUGGGCAAAUACACUUGCAGAAGGUGA